GUUGUUGACCUUUGCCUUCCAGCUGCACCCCAGUUCACCAGAGAACCGUCUGACGUGGCGGCGGACAUUGGCUCUAACGUGACCCUGCCGUGCCACGCGCAGGGUUACCCCGAACCCCAAAUCACCUGGAGGAGGGAGGACAACGCACCCGUGUUCACCAGACGCCCCACACACAGCACCAUCACACAGAAGACGGGAGGGGACCUGCAAAUUAACAGUGAGGUUUCAGUUCAUAUACACACACACACACACACAUACACACACACACACACUAAUUCCUAUCUCCUCUGUUCUAUGGGUCAGAUCUGUGGGUGGAGGAUGAGACGGUGUAUGUGUGUGAGGCCCAGAACCAGUUUGGGAGGAUCCAGACCCACGCCAGAGUCACUGUCACCGGACUGGGUAAGAGACAGACAGGGAUCUCCCAUCACAUGCUCUGGGUACUGUAG